CUGAGAACGGCUUGGAUACGUGCCACGUGUUGUAUUGAAGUGCCGCUGUCCAAGUGAUCGACUCCUUGAUUGGGUGGUAGGAUAUAUAUAUAUAUAUAUGAUUUGAAAGACGGAAACGUUUUAACUCUAAGAGAAUUGAACAACAUGUCAACUACUGGAAUAUUAUAUAAACGAUCAGGAUGGUGGGUUCGGAUGUCUCCAGAAAAACAAGAUACUCUUUUAAAAAUGUUAAUACUUUCUAUGGCUGCAAUCUUAUCAUUUUCUUGCAGAUUAUUUUCUGUUUUGAGAUUUGAAAGUGUUAUCCAUGAAUUUGAUCCUUACUUUAAUUAUCGUACAACUCGCUAUUUGGCUGAACAAGGUUUCUAUCAUUUCCACAAUUGGUUUGAUGAUAGAGCAUGGUAUCCAUUAGGAAGAAUUAUUGGAGGCACUAUAUAUCCUGGUUUAAUGAUUACAUCUGCUACUAUUUACCAUGUCUUACAAUUUAUCAAUCUCACUAUUGACAUAAGAAAUGUGUGUGUAUUUUUGGCACCAUUAUUUUCAAGUCUUACAACAAUUAUUACUUAUCUGCUUACAAAGGAACUGAGAGAUGCUGGAUCAGGAUUAGUAGCAGGUGCAAUGAUAUCAAUUGUACCAGGCUACAUUUCAAGAUCUGUAGCUGGAUCUUAUGAUAAUGAAGGUAUUGCUAUAUUUUGUAUGCUGUUAACAUACUACAUGUGGAUUAAAGCAGUUAAAACUGGUGCCAUGUAUUGGGCCACAAUGUGUGCUUUAGCAUAUUUCUAUAUGGUUUCUUCAUGGGGAGGCUAUGUAUUUUUGAUAAAUUUAAUUCCUCUUCACGUGUUAGCUUUAAUGAUAACUGGACGUUUUUCUCAUCGCAUUUAUGUUGCUUACAGUACUGUUUAUUGUUUGGGAACUUUACUUUCAAUGCAAAUAUCAUUUGUUGGCUUUCAACCUGUUCAAUCAAGUGAGCAUAUGGCUGCUUUAGGUGUUUUUGGCUUAUGUCAAUUACAUGCUUUUGUUGAUUAUGUUCGAGCACGUUUGCCAAAAGAACAUUUUGAAGUACUCUUCAAGACUGUUGUUAUAUUAAUUGGUGGAUUAUCUUGUGUUGUUGGUGCUGUUUUAACAAUCACAGGAAAAAUCUCACCGUGGACUGGCCGUUUUUAUUCUCUUCUGGAUCCAUCUUAUGCAAAAAAUAACAUUCCAAUCAUUGCUUCUGUAUCAGAACAUCAGCCAACGUCAUGGUCUUCAUUUUAUUUUGAUUUGCAGCUUUUGGUCUUUAUGUUUCCAGUUGGUCUCUACUUUUGCUUUGCAAAAUUAACUGAUGCCAAUAUUUUUAUCAUUUUGUAUGGAGUCACAAGCAUUUAUUUUGCUGGAGUUAUGGUACGAUUAAUGUUGGUAUUAGCACCAGUAAUGUGUAUAUUAUCUGGUAUUGGAGUCUCGUCAAUGUUAACUACCUAUGCCAAACAAUUAGAUUCUUCACAGCAAGAUAAAAAAUCAAAGCGAUUUGAAAGCAACUAUUUUAUGAGAAAUGAGGUUGCUUGGACAUUUAUCACAAUUAUGACCGUUUACCUCAUCACUUACACCUUUCAUUGCACUUGGGUUACAUCAGAAGCAUAUUCAUCACCGUCAAUUGUUUUAUCAGCACGUAGUCACGAUGGUUCUCGCAUAAUAUUUGAUGAUUUUCGAGAAGCAUAUUACUGGCUUAGACAUAAUACUCCAGAGGAUGCUAAAGUUAUGUCUUGGUGGGAUUAUGGAUAUCAGAUAACAGCAAUGGCCAAUAGGACAAUUUUAGUGGACAAUAAUACUUGGAACAAUACCCACAUUUCACGUGUAGGACAAGCAAUGGCUUCUACAGAAGAAAAGGCUUAUGAAAUUAUGCAAGAACUAGAUGUUAAUUAUGUACUUGUUAUAUUUGGUGGAUUAACUGGUUAUUCUUCAGAUGAUAUAAAUAAAUUUCUAUGGAUGGUGAGAAUCGGAGGAAGUACUGAAAGAGGAAAACACAUCAAAGAACAAGAUUACUAUACUCCGUCUGGUGAAUUUCGAAUCGAUAGAGAUGGUUCGCCCGUAUUGCUCAACUGCCUGAUGUACAAAAUGUGUUAUUACAGAUUUGGUUCUGUCUACACAGAAGCUGGCAAACCACCCGGUUAUGACAGGGUAAGAAAUGCAGAAAUUGGAAAUAAAGAUUUUGAAUUGGAUGUGCUUGAAGAAGCAUACACGAGUGAACACUGGCUGGUACGAAUUUAUAAAGUGAAGAAUCUUCCAAACAGAGGAGUCUGAUUUUAUACAUUAGAUAUUAUACAUCCCAAUAUUUUGCUCUUGCAGAGUAACUUUUACUGUAUAAUCUUCAAGGAAGUGACAGUAUUGUUGGGAUUUAAAAUAAAGUUCCCAUUUUUAUGUUGA